AUGGCUCCUCCCUCUCCUACACCAAUACCUCAACUCCGCUCUAUAUCCCUAACCUCUUCCUCCUCUUCUCUAUCCACCACGUCUACCCGCACUGCCGUCCCAGCACCCCCCCGUCCAAAACUUGCUCGCCAACAAUCCGCGUCAUCCACAUCAGCAAUUUCAGACUCCACCAUAACCAGAUCCCCUCGCCGCCGUUACAACCAAAGCAUGCCCCGAAGAAGUUCAAGUGCCAGUGGUGUUCACAUCUUCCGCAUUUCGCCAGUUGACCACAGUGUCGCGACUGCACAACUCCCAACCUCCCCAGCACUCUUCCGAUCUUAUUUCAACCACUAUUCACCGCAAACAGAAUAG